GAGAGGAAAUUAUUUUGUGUGCGUUGGCCCUUUAAAACUUCUGACAAAAGGCCCAUAUGAUCCCCGAGCUCCAAUCACCAAAUCCUACUGCAAAAGCAGCCUCUGCAUUUUUGUCUGUCUGAAUGCUAGCACGGCGAAAAACACUGAGGGGAAGGAAAACUGAAGAAAUGUGAAAAUCCAGCGUACUACAGGGAGAGCGGAAGUACGGCGCAAAUGGAUUUAUUCACGCGCUCCGUCGAUGCUCACGAUACCAGAUGAAAAUGUCGUUGUCGAUGAGGAGAUUCCUGAGCAUUAUUUGCUGCAUGUACAGAAACUCUGCAGUAUACUCCUGGUGUCUCCUACUUCACUGAACAUUUUGGAAAGCUCAAGCUCAUAGUGGAGACAAUUGCUGACACACCUCUGAGUUUUCUGUGGUGGAGAAUGCAACACUUUAAUUUACGCAUUUAAUGGACAAGCUGAAUGGACAUCAUCUCUACCAGCCUCACCAGUGCAACGUGGACCUUUUUCUGGAGUCCCUCUGUGUAUUUCUCACCAACAAGGGUGUGCUGGCUUCUCAUAUCACCUUUUACCAGGCCCUCCUCUCCCAAAACAGAAAGUUAUGCCACAUAAACCUGUCUUUUGCCAAGGCUUAAAGAAGAUAACCAACAUCGUUACUUCCAGGCUUCUGGUGAGUUGUGACACUAAGUUUGAGGUCCUCCAAGCAACCAUCAUUCUCCAAAUGAGUGAUCUGGAUAGUUCCUGUCACAAACUACUCGGAAGCCAGUCGCUCGACCCAGAAAUGACUGAAUCGGAGGAACAAGCCAAUGUUUCGUUCAAUGACACAUACAGAGAGAUCAAAAUGAAAGAGAUGUACACACAGCAAGGAAAUGGCACUUUCUCACUGGUUGUAGACGACAGUGAGGUCAGUAAGACAGCACACUUUUCAGUGUCCCCGACGCAUUCAUCUAAUGUCCAGGCACACCACCCCAACCCUCACUUCAGUGAAGCAGGACUUCAGGACUGUUCUGUGUCCUUUAGCAGAGAACAAAUAAUUGUGGAGGUCAAUCUUAACAACCAGACUUUAAAUGUUUCUAAGGGAUCCGAUGGCAAAGGCAUCACAUCAAGCACCACAGCGCUCCAUCACGGCAAUGUUCCUGGAAUGGAGGAGGGUAAGGAACAAGAUGAUAAUGAAGAUGCUGCUGAGGAAGAAGAAGAAGAGUAUGACCAUGAAAAUGAAGAAAUGGAAAACCGUAGCGAUGAAGAAGACGAGGAUGAAAACAACCUCAACAUUCCAGAGAUGGGACACGCCAGCAUGGAAAGACCUCGACAUGCUUCAAGAUUACCGACAGGCAUGAAAGCAACCAUCACCAUGAGAAAGACGCUAAUCAGCAGUGUGCUAGCAGACCGCGAGGAGGGGAAGAGGAGGAGAGAGCAGGAGAGUUUGGGUCAAAAGGUGAAACUUGAAGAAAAGCAGCAUUUUUCCUGUAAGAAAUGCCCUCGCGUUUUCAACAACCGCUGGUACUUGGAGAAGCACGUGAAUGUGACUCACAACCGCAUGCAGAUCUGCAAUAAAUGCGGCAAGCGUUUUUUACUGGAGAGCGAGCUGCUGCUGCACCAUCAGACCAACUGUGAGAAAAGCAUACAGUGUGUGACCUGUGGAAAAGCUUUUAAAAAGCUGUGGUCCUUACACGAACACAACAAGAUUGUCCACGGAUAUGCAGAAAAGAAGUUCUCAUGUGAAAUCUGUGAAAAGAAGUUUUAUACGAUGGCCCAUGUCCGGAAACACAUGGUUGCUCACACUAAGGACAUGCCAUUCACCUGUGAGACAUGUGGAAAGUCUUUUAAACGCAGCAUGUCUCUUAAAGUGCACUCGCUUCAGCAUUCUGGAGAAAAACCCUUCAAGUGUGAGAACUGCAGUGAAAGGUUCCAGUACAAAUACCAGCUGAGAUCACACAUGAGCAUCCACAUUGGACACAAGCAGUUCAUGUGCCAGUGGUGUGGGAAAGACUUUAACAUGAAGCAGUACUUUGAUGAACACAUGAAGACUCACACUGGAGAGAAACCGUAUAUUUGUGAGGUCUGUGGUAAGAGCUUCACAAGCCGGCCCAACAUGAAACGACACCGUCGCACUCACACGGGCGAGAAGCCGUACCCCUGUGACGUCUGCGGCCAACGUUUCCGCUUCUCCAACAUGCUCAAAGCUCACAAGGAGAAAUGCUUCCAGGUCAGCAACCCCAUGGUCCCCGAUCCCAUCUCUUUGGGCCUGGACCCCACGUCAACCGACUUAGACACACCAGCCAAUCAGAUACCCAGCCAGCGCUUGACCCCUCCAAGUGAGGCGUCUAGUCUCUACCAAGUCAAGUCUCUCUCGCUUCCCUUCGGACAAAUCCCAUCGUAAGUGUCCCUCAUCCUUCGCCCCUGUUUUCACUAAAAGGGUUAACUCCAGUAACAACUAAUCAUUGAUUGUUGGUUUAUUGGAUGAAACUCAAAGCUUACAGUAGCUGACUCCACGUGAGAUUUGUGAUUUACAUCAAAUGUAAAUCGCUCGCGCAAGGGGUUUCCAAACAGACCGAGCGAAGUCCAAGACUGUCGACGGGUGUUUGAACACUGAAUAUUCCUUGGAAACUGUGCAAAUGUUCACUUAUCUUAUUCUCAUAGAGAUAUUUUAUAUACUGCUCAAAUAAGCUUCUCGUAUUACAAAAAGAAAACAAUGUGCUCAUCAUUUUUGUUGACGCGUGUUGUAUUUUGUGUGAGCCACAGGUUUAGCGUUUACCUUUUUACAUCCUUUGACUAUAGAUUUUUAUGCUUUGUCGAUUUAGUCGAGUCGAGAUUAGGACACUCACUGGCAAUAAGAGAUAAAUACAGUAUAUCUGUCUGGGGUGAACAUUGCAAACUCAGAAUAGCUUUUAAGACAAAUGUAGCAGAUGUCUCCCCCACCAUUACCAAAUCCAGAUAAGUUGCAGAAAAUAUAAUCCUGUUAGCUAAUAUUACUUAAUAUGCUACAUUACUAAAUAUGAUACGUAUAUAAUCACUCCAGCACCUUAUUUUUGCAGCAAGCUAGAUGUAUUUAUAUUGUCUCGUCUUUUAAGGUUUUGCCCUCAUAAGGUUUUCUGUAUAUUCGGAGAGGUACAGUCUGUGCAGGGCACAGGUUAAAGAGUUGGUUUAAUGUAGCACAGGCCCUUGAGGACAUAUAGGAUGCUUAAAGGAACCUUUAUUCAUUUGAAAAAAUCCAAAGAUUAUUCAUUUUUUUUUUAAGUUACCAAGCACUUUACUCUGUGUUGGCCAUAUACUGUAUGUAAUGGCAAGAAUAUGAAGCCUAAACCACUUUCUUUUGCGAAAAGGUGUUUUAUUUGCAUGGAGGCAAUGUCAAAUUUGGAUAAAUGAUGGGGUGUGUUUGGUUUAAAAAUAUGUUUUGAAUAUCUGAAAUGCUUUAUGGUACACCAAGUUUUUCAGUGAUAUUUUUGUUGUCAUGUGAAAACACUUACUUCAUGUUUAGUUGGAAAAACUAAAAGGUGAUAAGUAGCUAUCGUACACUCAGAAAAAGGUACAAAAGCUGUCGUUGGGGUGAAAAUACAUAUCUGGCACUUAUUAGGACCUUUUUGAAGGAUACUGUCCUUGUGAAAGCUUUUGUACCUUUUUUUGUCAAUGCACAUUUAUACCCAGUGUACCAUAUGUUUUUUUAUCAGUUUUAAAAUUAGAAAAAUGCCAAAAAGGCUCUUUGUUUAUGAUAAAUGAUGGCCUAUUGUGCAAUUGGGUCUCUUGUAUGCGGCACUUCCCAAUAAAAAGGUACAAAAGUUGUCACUGGGAUGGUAACUUUUUUAAAAGGUCCUAAAGUACAGAUAUGUACUUUCAUCAUUUAUAACCUCUAAAGUACCUAUGUGUGUACUUUUUGAAAAAAGGUACCACCCCAGUGACAACUUUUGUACCUUUUUCUGAGAGUGUGUCCUGUUGAGAAGCCAGUUGAUAGAUAAUAUAUAGCCUACAAUAUAUAGCCUACAAUUUCUUAAGCCACUUACAAAGAGAGGAUUUAUAUACACAAAGCAGACAUAGUUAAAGAAAUUACACUUAACUCUAAGAGCAGUAAAGUGUAGUAGCUAUAAUAGGAAUACCUAAUAUUUAUACACACAAAAUAUACAUAUUUAUAGCUAUUGAAACAUAAAUAGUCUGUAAAUAAAUUAAUGUAGCUGUUUCUGUUCAGUUGUUUUUCCUUGUUCAUAUUCUACAGAGUCAAAUGAAUACGAUGAGAUGCAAAGGUCAGCAUUAAUAAAACCAUUUAAAAGUCGGAAAUAAACCUUUGAACUCAACUUUCUGCUCUACAUCUCGAACCUUGUUAUAGGCGACAUACAGUACUUUAGUUAAGAGUCAUGUUAUUAAGUUAAAAGAACUUUUCCAGAACAAGUGGUUUGAAAUGGUACAUAAUAUUUCUUUAGGGCGUAAACUGUUAAAUUUUUUGAAAUCUGUGAGUGGUCAGUAAAGUUUAUAAUAGAUUUGUUACGGACUGACAUUGCCUUAAGUGUUUAAUAGAGAUUUGCAUGGUCCCGAAUGUGACAAUUGAAAAUACAGUGUGAAACUGUAAUGGUGAUGCUAUAUUGACCUUUGCACUUUGGCAGAAAUAAAUAAAAUAAAAAGUUGUUUUAAUGCGGAUAUUUUAAUAUAUUGCAAUAAUGUUGUGCCAGAUGAAGAUUGUGUAAGCCUUAGUCUUACAUAGAAAAACGUUGCCACGGAUUGACCCCUGAUGUUAGUGUUUUGUGUCAUGCUAAAACCUGUUGCACCUUAUGCCCACCUUAUUUUAAUAGAGUUUACAGACCUGUUUGUAUCAGUCUCUAAAGCUGUUCUUAAUAUACUUAUGUGUUUUUGUUCUAAUUUAAAUACUGAAGUAAUGCUUUUGGCUUUGGAAUAUGUUAAGAUUUGUUGAAAUAUUGAAAACUUAUUUCCUUAACUACUAUCCUAAAAGGUUUUUUAUAAUGCAAAACAUGCACAUGCAACAUUUACUUUAUGGUCUUAACAAAAGGUGAAUUACCACAAAAAUCUUUAUUUGUGCACUUUAUGUGGAUAUUUAUGUUGUGUUAAAAGGUUUUGUUAAAAAAAGUACUGCAGAAUGAUUCAGAGCAGUUUUGUUAAGUCCAAAUGUGUUUCCUUUUCUUUGUUUUUUUUUUUUAAUGUGAAGUCAUAUGACAUCUUAACUGAAGGCUUAAUAGACCUUUGUCUCUGGAGUUGUUGUAGUACAUGACCAUUAAAAUUUAAUUUAAAAUUUUUGCACAUCCAGAAAAAUUGUUUUUCUAUUACAAGUUAUAAAGCGGAAUAAAUUAUCAAAGCAGUUUAAAGUUCAACUUUUUUACGUUUUAAGAGUUUAUUAUUCCUGGUUUGCUGCUUAUUGAAAAAUACUUGGGUCCUUAUUGCUUUUGUAAAAAAAUCAGUAAUUUUUUGUGUUUUUUUUUAUUAUAUAGGACAAUAUUAUGGGGGAAUUUGUCAUUAAGUUUGUUAUGCGUGUGAUAUUUUAUAGUGAAUAAUAGCAAAUAAUGAUGUGCACUUUGGCAGUUAUUGUCAUUUUUUAUUUAACAACUCAUGGAGUUAUUAAAUAUACAUUUUUCCCCAACAAGAUAGUUGACCUAAAAAUGAAAAUUCUGCUCUAACCUUCUUCCAUGAAACACCAAAAAAGAGCAAAAUGUCUAAACUGUUCAUUUCUGUACAAUACUAAAGGAUAUCAAACUGAACAUAAAAUCAAUAAAAUUAUUUUAUAUAGUUGUCCAUACAAGCUGUGCACUAUAUGAAGCCUUAUACCUUAUGAAGUCUGAUACCUUUAUUAGAAGAAUAAAUUCAUUUCAUAAAUCCAUAAUUCAAAUUAUGGCUCAUUAUUCGGCCAAAACCUUUGUGAUCACCAUUUAUUUUUAUUGUAUGUAAAAGAACAAGUUGACAAAGCAUUUUUUUUUUCAUUUUUUGGAUGUACUAUUUAAAACAUACAGUACCAUAAGCCAGUCAUGAGUGUGACUGUUUGUAAUUUUUUUUUUAUUCUACAUAUUAGUAUGUAAACCCAAUGUUAACCUUUGUGUAUAAAGACUACAUGCAGACAGUAGUCAUGCUGGUUGUGUCAACCAAAUACUAAACAAUAAAUAAACUAGAGUUUAGCGGUGCUAAUAACAUUUGGCUGUAUUUUAUGUCAUUUACUGUACCUAGUUGUAUUUAUUGUCUGUAAUGAAACAUAAUAAAAAGUUCAUUUAAAUAGUAAA